CGUUGCUCAGCGUCUCUGACAAGACCAACCUGGUGGAAUUUGCGAAGAGCCUGAAUGCUCUUGGCCUGGGUUUAAUUGCCUCUGGAGGAACAGCCAAGUCACUGAGAGAUGCUGGCUUGCCUGUCAGAGAUGUUUCGGACCUGACAGGAUUCCCUGAGAUGUUAGGUGGACGUGUGAAAACCCUUCAUCCUGCAGUCCAUGCUGGCAUCUUGGCACGUAAUAUUCCAGAAGAUAAUGCUGAUAUGAACAAGCAGGAUUUCAGCCUUGUAAGAGUCGUCGUGUGUAACCUCUACCCCUUUGUGAAGACUGUAUCCUCUCCGAAUGUAACUGUACAAGAGGCAGUGGAAAAGAUUGAUAUUGGAGGAGUUGCCUUGCUGCGGGCAGCUGCCAAGAACCAUGCCCGUGUGACAGUUGUAUGUGACCCUGCAGACUACUCUAUAGUAGCUAAAGAGAUGGCAACAUCAAGGGACAAAGAUACCUCUGUGGAAACCAGGCAUCACCUUGCACUGAAGGCAUUCACCCACACUGCUCAGUAUGAUGCAGCCAUCUCUGACUACUUCAGAAAAGAGUACAGCAAAGGUGUGUCCCAGCUGCCCCUGAGGUAUGGCAUGAAUCCUCACCAGAGUCCUGCACAGCUCUACACUACGAGAUCUAAGCUUCCCCUGACAGUGGUGAAUGGCUCUCCAGGGUUCAUCAACCUGUGUGAUGCUCUCAAUGCCUGGCAGCUGGUGAAGGAACUCAAGCAGGCAUUGGGGAUCCCAGGGACAGGGAGCAGUGAAAGGCUCUGGUUUGAGUGCCCUGGCCUGUAUUUCCCACUAGGUGCUGCUGUUGGAGUACCUCUCAGCGAAGAGGAGGCGCAAGUCUGCAUGGUGCACGACUUCCACAAGACCUUAACGCCCUUAGCGUCUGCCUACGCGCGAAGCAGAGGUGCUGAUCGGAUGUCUUCUUUUGGUGACUUCAUUGCCCUGUCUGAUAUCUGUGAUGUGGCUACUGCCAAGAUUAUUUCCAGAGAGGUAUCUGAUGGUGUGGUAGCUCCUGGGUAUGAGGAAGAAGCUCUCAAAAUCCUUGCCAAAAAGAAGAAUGGUGGUUAUUGUGUCCUCCAGAUGGAUCCUCAUUAUGAGCCAGAUGACAACGAGAUUCGAACCCUCUAUGGAUUGCAUCUCAUGCAGAAGAGGAAUAACGCAGUCAUCGACCGGUCAUUGUUCAAGAACAUCGUUACAAAGAAUAAAAAUCUGCCUGAGUCUGCUGUUCGAGACCUGAUUGUUGCCAGCAUCGCUGUCAAAUACACCCAGUCCAAUUCCGUUUGCUACGCCAAGGAUGGGCAGGUCAUCGGUAUUGGAGCUGGCCAGCAGUCCCGCAUCCACUGCACGCGUCUGGCUGGUGACAAGGCAAACAACUGGUGGCUCCGGCACCACCCACGUGUGCUCUCCAUGAAGUUCAAAGCGGGUGUGAAGAGAGCAGAGAUCUCCAAUGCCAUUGAUCAGUACGUCACUGGGACCAUUGGUGAGGAUGAAGACCUGGUGAAAUGGCAGGCGAUGUUUGAAGAGGUGCCCGCGCAGUUAACGGAAGCAGAGAAGAAGCAGUGGGUUGCCAAGCUGACUGCCGUCUCGCUCAGCUCUGAUGCGUUCUUCCCUUUUAGGGACAAUGUGGACAGAGCUAAACGGAGUGGAGUACAGUUCAUCGCUGCCCCGGCUGGCUCAGCUGCUGACGAGGUUGUGAUCGAAGCCUGCAAUGAGCUUGGGAUAACCCUCAUUCACACCAAUCUCCGGCUGUUUCAUCACUGAGUUUACCGUUCGGUCGCAGUCUCAGCAGCAGCAGUGACUGGAAUAUCACCAGCUUAAUUGGGAGGCACCUGCAGUCUGUGCUUAGCGAACGUUUGGAGGAUCUGUAAAUGAGAGCUUUCCCUGUGUUAGCAGAUAAUGAAGGUGCAAGAGGUUGGCCUC